AUGAGUCUCGACUUGGGGGAAGUGUGCAACAUCACUGAAUACGUUGCCUAUCCCUAUGCACUCGUGGAAAGCCUUCAUUCAAGGGUAAAAGAGCUCGAGGAAAAUCUUGCAGCCGGCAAAGAUGGCUCAACAUACAAUCAGCAUACGGGUGAACCAUCUACUAAUCCUCCGCUCGUAACUUCAGGGAAAUCGGCUUCACCUGACGUGAGCAAGGAAGCCGAAGAGGUUGGUGUCCUAGCCAUUGGUUUUGCUGACCGGUAUUCCCAAGCUAAAUACAUUGGUGCUGCUGCUGGUUCAACUUUCGCUCGAAUAUUCUUCAAACAAGUUGGAAUGACCAUUUCAUCGAACUCGGGUCCAGGAAAUGCAGCGGAUGAAGACGAUGGAAUGGCGUUCAUAGCUCUCAACACGGGCAGAGUUCUAUCAGUACGCGAUCAGGCAAUCGAUACAGCACUUCCUUCGCUCAGUAGUGUUGAUCAACUUACCGACCACGAGGCAAAAACUGCAACUCUGUUCCAUACCAGAUCGGUGUGGCUCUUUGUCCAUAUGAUCGACCUUCGGAAAAUUGCAGGUCGUAUUUUGGAGUCCAUUUACAUCGCCCGAGAUCGAGAUGGGCGAUGUUCAUCACUCACUUUCCAAGAGGUUUGCUCCAUCUCAGAAGAUCUACAUCGUCAAAUGGACCACUGGAAAAGCCAACUUGAUGCUGCAGAUAUUGGGUCACUACAAGCGGGCAAACUGAUGAGGAUUGAAUACUGCACGAUGUUGAUGCACUUAAAUCGUCCCUCGCCUGCAUUUAUGGUUCCCUCUCAAAAUAUGGUUGCAGCCUGCUCUCAUGCAUCAUCCAGUGCUCUCCAUCAAUGGGCAGCGAUGGCAUCUGAGUCUGGGAUCGAUUCUGUCUGUCGAUGCUAUCGUCACUUUCAUGAUAUUCUCAUGGCGGGCUUGGUUCGUCUGUACAGUGACUGGCACAUGCAAAGAUUUGCUCCGACAUCCAGAUCAAUUAUCCGAACCGAAGAUGCUGCAAUUUGUCUUGACUUGCUUAGCAAGGGAAUCGCCAAUCUUCACGACACCUCUCUCUCAAAAUUCCAGAUCAUGUUUUCUAACCUACGAGAGAAAGUUUAUGCUUCCAAAUAUGCCUUUGACGGUGCAAGCCAGGGUAUUUCCUUUUCCCAAACCACAGAAAUGCCAAUAUUCGCCGGUCCACCAGAUAUAAUGGGGGGCGGGGGAGACACCGAAUAUGUCCCCAAUACCGAUAUGGAUAUCAUGCCGUUAAGUUCAGAGGGCCUAGAGGGUUAUCUGAGCCAGAUGUCGACCAUUUUUGACAACGAGAUGCUUGAUAUCGAUGACACGCUGACAGCAUGGUAUGGAUCUGUUCUAAACGACAUUGGUGAUACUGAAAGCAUGCGAACGGGGUAA